AUGAGAGCAACUGGGUCUUUGAGAGGGACCACCCUUGGAUUCCCGGUGAUGAUGAAGAAGAGCAUGAGCAAGGGCAAGAACAACCACAACAACAACAACCGCAUCAACAACAUUUCCAACAACAAUUCCAACAACAACAAUAAUAUGAGCACCAACAAGGGUACCAAGAAGGGUACCAAGGUCAAGGCAUGGAUAAUCCAAGCCUUCUAUAAAGGGCUUGGAUAUAAUUCAAGAAUGAUUUUGGACUCUACAGCUAACGGAAGAUUUUUGAAUUUGGAUGAGAAUAUAGCGAGCAAUGUUGUCGAAGAGAUGGCUAUUCAUAAUACCCAAUAUGGGAAUCCCACAGGAUUUGCAAAUAAGGGAAAACACCAAGUCGAUUCUAUUUUGUUUUUGCAGACACAAUUGACUUCUAUUAGCCAGAAACUAGACAAUAUUAAUAAUUCUAAUUCAUCUUCUGUUGCUAAUGUACAACAACCACAACAGAGGUACUACCAACCUCCACAUCAGAGACCACAACAAGUUGUUACUCCUCCAUUUGAUUCUGGCCUAUCAGAAAUCAAAACGAUGUUAGCCAAUAUGAAGAAGCAGAUGCAAAGGGAUGAUAACAUCACUUUUAAUUUAAAUAAUAUCCCUAAAAUCCCCAUGUUAGAGGAAAAGUGUUUUAGUAUUGGUGUGGUUGAUGUAAAUAAUUUUUCUAAUAAGCCCCAAGCUCCUGUUAAUGAUUCCAUGGAGGCGGUAUCUUGUGUUGCAUCUUCUGCAGGAAAAACUAAUACUUGGAAAGAUGAAGUGGAUGCUAUAGAAAGAGCUAUAAAUUGUGUAGGACUCGGGUUUUAA